CUAUUCUUGACAUUUGACAGUUAAUCUUGACAGAUUUUCUGUCCAUCAAUUGUCAAGAAAAGCGUGUAAAUCGAAAAAAAUCAUCUAGAAGUGACCACUUUUUGCUAAAAUGAAACCCCUUUUGCUCCACGGCCACGAGCGUGCCAUCACGCAAAUUAAGUACAACCGCGAGGGUGACCUCCUCUUCUCAUCCUCGAAGGAUAAUAAACCCAACGUCUGGUACUCGCUCAACGGCGAGCGCUUAGGGACUUUUAACGGCCACCAGGGGGCUGUGUGGUGCAUCGACGUCGACUGGACCACAACAAGAUUCCUUUCAGGUGCCGGCGACAACACCCUCAAAGUUUGGGAUUGCGAAACUGGCAAGGAAAUCGGGAAUAUCACAACCAACUCCUCCGUAAGGACUUGUCUCUUCAGCUACUCGGGGAAUAUGGCCGUGUACACCACCGACCGAGCCCUCAAACACAACUGCGAGAUUUUCAUAAUCGACGUGCGUAACGUCGACGAGAGUAUUUCGCACGCGGACCCCAUUUUGCGAAUCCCGAUUAAAGGGUCCCGAGUCUCGUCGAUCCUGUGGGAUAACCUGGACGAAACGAUAAUAACCGGGCAUGAAAGCGGGGAUUUGAUCAAGUGGGACUUGAAAUCGGGCAAGGAGAUAAGUUCCACCACCCGCGAACACGAGCAACAAAUCAAUGAUAUGCAGUGGAAUAAAGAUGGGACGAUGUUUGUCACGGCGUCGAAAGACCACACAGCGAAACUCUUCGACGCCGCUGAUUUGAUGUUACUCAAGACGUACAAGACGGAACGACCGGUGAAUUCGGCGGCGAUUAGCCCCAUUUUUGAGCAUGUGGUAGUGGGCGGGGGGCAGGAUGCGAUGGAUGUCACGACGACUUCGGCAAGAGUUGGGAAAUUCGACUCCAGGUUCUUCCAUAUGGUGUUUGAGGAGGAGUUUGGGAGGGUUAAGGGGCACUUUGGGCCUAUUAAUAGUGUGGCGUUUCAUCCUGAUGGCAAGAGUUAUAGCUCGGGGGGCGAGGAUGGCUAUGUGAGGGUGCACAAUUUCGAUUCGUCGUAUUUUGAGUAUAAUUUCGAUUAUUAAAAUAAUUUUUUUAUAAA